AGAUAUACGCUUUUAUCGCGGUGGAAUAGAAAGUAAAGAAGACCCUAGAAAAUAUCGUGAAUUUUUAACAGAUCGGGAGAGGCUGGUCGGUGAAGAGUUAUUACGUCGCAGUAUGGUAAAGAGCGGUUUAAGUACUGCAUGGCUCGAUGAUCUUAUGAAAGAAUGGGAAAAAACUUAUAAUCGAUUCGUACAAGUUUUUAGCCAGGCCUAG